CACGAGAGGGAAAGAAAGAACUUUAACAUGUAGUUUUGUCAACACAUAUCUCGGUAAAGUUACGAGUUUGUGGAUAAGACGAUUUUAAAAAGGAAAAACGUCCCGUCGCAUCCAGAUUUUCUCAGCAGACUUUACAGAACAGAGCAGCUAUCCCGACGGUCCGCUCCACGUACAUGUCUGGGAGAACAGAGGGACGAGGAAAGAAUGAAGAUCUGCUCACCGGUGUGAGUCCGUGGGAUGCUCGACGGGCCCAUACCCCAUGCUUCUCUAAGGCCUCCAGAAGUUAAAGACAGGGUGUCAUUGACAGAGCGAGUGACCCCUCUGAGCUGCCACCAUGGCCCUGGUUCAGGCUCUGCCCAUAUCUGCUGAGCCCCACAACCCUGGCCUCAGUGGAGGAGCCCGUAGACGACACACCUCUGGCCCUUCACCCCCCAUCAACGCACCACCACCCUCCACUCUGGAUCCUAUGGGCUCUGUCAGCAGCCUCAUAGCCGCCCGCCCCGGCCCUUACCAGGACCACCGCUCUGGUGUUGAGCUGGGAGCAAGACUCCGACGACCCACACCAGGCGCUUCCUGCCUGGGCAGUGAGUCCCCCCAGGACCCUUUGCUGCAGAACAUCCCACCACUCAAGAAACAGAGCUCCACAACAUCCAGCAGGGGGCUGGAGAAGGAGAGUGGGAAUGGGAACUACACCUAUCUGAAUGAGGACUUUGUAGGUGACUGGAAUGAGAACCACGUAACACCCGCCAGCCCAGGGAGUGACGCAGAUGAGACUAAAGAAGGAUCAGGGCUGAAUGGGAAUAUGGGGGGACCUCCUCCAAAACUGAUCCCUGUGUCAGGAAAACUUGAGAAGAACAUGGAGAAAACAGUGCUGCGGCCCACUGCCUUCAAACCGGUCAUUCCGAAGAGCCGCACCUCCAUGCAAUACCUCUCCCCUCGCCAUUGUGCCAACGCAUCAGAAAGCCAAAACAACCUAAACUUGCUCAGCCCCUCCCACAGAGAGGUGUCGCCCUCCUGCUCUGAGAAACGUAGCUCAUACGGCGGGGCCCGCAACAGUGGCGGCGGUGGCGGUGGCAGCAGCCAGUCCUGCUCCCUGUCCGACUCUGGACGUAACUCCCUCUCCAGCCUGCCACCUUACAGCGCUGCCAGCUACAGCCUGGCAUCAGGAGAGGCCCCUGGUGGCCACCUGGAGCCCAUGAAGAGCGCUCCACCAGUCACUGCACAUGGACACUCCAACUCAGACAGCGGCCGCUCAUCCUCCAGUAAGAGCACAGGCUCCGGGUCGAUAAGUGGCCGGGGGCAGCCUCUAUCUGACAGCGGGUCCAGUGGGCGCUCCCCCGGCCCUGUGGAGGGUUAUGAAGGGGUGGUGAGGGACCUGGAGGACAAACUUAGGGAGAGAGAACUGGAGCUGCAGCAACUAAGAGACAACCUGGAUGAGAACGAAGCUGCAAUUUGUCAGGUUUAUGAGGAGAAGCAGAAGCGCUUUGAACUGGAGCUGGAGGAGCUGAGGCAGAGCUGUGCCACCAGGAUGCAGGUAGCCUCCCAGAAAGCCCAGCGUGCCCAGCAGGUGCUUCAGUUGCAGGUUUAUCAGCUGCAGCAGGAGAAGAAGAAGCUGCAGGAGGACUUUGCUCAGCUCCUGAAGGAGAGGGAGCAGCUCGAGGAGCGCUGCACCUCCUAUGAGCAUGAGAAGAUCCAGCUGGGGCCUCGGCUGGAGGAAACUAAGUGGGAGGUCUGUCAGAAGUCAGGGGAAAUCUCAUUGCUGAAGCAGCAGCUGAAGGAGGUGCAGGGAGAGUUGGCUCAGCGUGUGGGGGAGAUUGUGUCACUGCGGGGUCAACUUAGAGAGGCUCGUGGUGAGCUGACAAACACCCAGGUCCUGCUCCAAGAAGCUCACGGCGUAACCCGCACACGAACCCUGGAGCUGGAGGUGUGCGAGAACGAGCUUCAGCGCCGCAAGAGCGAAGUGGAGCUGCUCAGAGAAAAGGUAGGACGCCUAGAGGGAGAGCUGGCACAUCUCAGAGAUGCUUUGGCCAAUCAGGGCCCAGGAAACAGACAGUGUCAGGUGUUCCAGGAAGCAGAGGAGCACCUGCUCGCUUAUGAAAGCGAUGAGGCGAAGGCCCAGCGGCAGAGCAGCAGCGAGGCCCUCCAGAACAUGAAGGUGCAGAUGGACAGGAUGAGGGCUGAGCUGGACUUUGAGCGUCAGCGGGCCGAGCAGCAGACGGGAAGCUUUGAGGAGGAGCGCAGGAUAUGGCAGGAGGAGAAGGACAAAGUAAUCCGCUACCAGAAGCAGCUGCAGCAGAACUAUGUGCAGAUGUAUCGCAGGAACCGAGAGCUGGAGCAGCUCCUGCAGGAUCUCAGUCAGGAACUGGAGAGCAGAGAGGACGACGAGGGCAGCGGGAAUGAGAUAAACUUUGAUGAGAUCGCUGCCACAGAAAUUUGACCCUUGUGUCUCUCCUUCUUU